UCUGAUUCAUUUUCAAUGCAAACCAAUUGUUGGUUGCAUGAUAAUUAUUGUUUUCAACUAACAACAACUUUGACUACCUUAUUUUGAUCAAUAACUACUAGUUGACUAUUUCAUAUAAUACCUUUCAAAGUUUAUAGCCUGUCAUUCUCUUAAUUUCUAUUAGUACAAAAUUCAUGACACUUAUAAUUGGAUUUAUGACCAGUGUCAAUGGAUUAGUUAUUUGUUAAUUAAGAUAGUUUUCAACAAAAUUACAGCUAACAUGAUAAAGAUCAUUCAUAUUUUUUUGGGUGUUUCAAACAAGAGGUGAACACAGGAUAGUUGUGAUAUAAUUGUCCAGUAAACUUUGGAAUAUCGGUAUGGUAAACUAUCAACGUAUAUUUUGACUACAUGUUCUAUUAAUGAUACUGUUGAUUGAUGAUUUUUGGAACAAGAAAUCCUUUUUAUUAUCAUAAAAAUACAUGAUAGUCUGUUUGGUAUUGAAAGAUAAUAGUUCGGUAUACUUUUUUUGUACUUUAUGAGCUGUAUGCAUUGCUUUCACCAUCGUUUUAGGCGAUAACACUUGCAGUAUCCUCAGUAUAAGAGAAUCAGUUCGACUAAUUGAAUUUGGCGGUUACUACACUUACCUGUUCGAAGACUGGUUUCUACAAUGCUAGAAACUUAAGUAGAUCAACUUAUAUUAUCUCAAAAAUCAUAACUUAUGCAUAAGAUAUUGGUGGAAGAAAUUAUUGACUAAAAAUUAUUCAAGAUGUAUAUAAUAAAUUACUUAAAAGAUCAAAAUUUAAAUUGGAAAUUUACAACAUUUCCUGGACUAUGGCAAUUUAAAACUGUUGAAUCAUCAUUUUCUGGAUUAGUAUUUAAUCAUCCAAGACCAGUGGAUUUCAUUAGAUCUCAAUGGAAUUGCUUUGCACCGAAAUACUUCACAGUGUAUCGUGUACUAUUGGCAAUUAUUCUAUUUGCAUGGAUGAUAUGGGAUAUAACAAGAGAAACAGUGAAAUAUUUUCAUCAUAUUGGAUAUACUUGGUUUACUUAUGCAACUAAUUGGACAUUUAUGGUAUUUGUAUUCAUUCACAUAAUAUUGGCUAUCUGUUGUCUGAUUUACAAUAUAAAAUAUUUUCCAAGUGAACCAAGAUUUUAUCAACCAAUAUGGUUUCUUUAUAAUUUGGCAUCAACAUCUGUAUUGGUGAUUUGUGUCGUCUUUUGGUUCGCAUUAUCUAAUAGUUCAAUGGAUGUGUUUACAAGUUGGCAAGGUCGGGUUAAACAUUCGUUAACUGGAAUCAUAGUUUUGAUUGAUUUAUGCUUAUGUGCAAUACCAGUUCGUAUGCUGCACGUCAUCUAUCCUUUUACAGCUGGUCUCCUGUAUUGUUUUUUCACUUAUUUGUUCUGGUUAUUUCGUGGUAAAGGUGCUUAUGGUAUAGGACAAAUUUAUCCAGGUAUUGAAUGGGAUAAACCAAAAUCUACUUCGCUAGCAUGUCUUAGCGGUUUGAUGACGUCUAUUUUAUGUCAUGUCGUUCUUUAUAUCGUUUAUUUUGCACGUGUGAAAAUAAGCGCUAAAAUUGGUGGUCGAGGUUAUAUACUUGUUAAAGAAGCAAAUGAACAACAAGGUUAUGACAAUAUGGAAUUUAAUUUAAACGAUGAAAUUGGUCAACAAGAAAAACAAACUUCAAUAAAGCCAAGUAAUCUACAAAAUCCACUAACAAUAUCACAAAAAUAUGGGACAGUUGAAUGAAAAUUAAUUUUUCUUUUCUUUAAUAUUCUUGGUGAAAAGAUUGACAUCUGAUGACUAUCACUAUAUUUAAAUAAAAUAAUUCUUGUAUGUUAUGAUGUACUAUCAUAUUGUUUAUUUGGUAAUAGAUGGAAUGUAAAAUUAUGCAUAUAUGUAUAGCAUUAUCAAAUACGCUAUUUAUCGUACAUUUGAAACUAUAUUGGUAUUGUGAAUGUUUAAAAUCACACAGCACUUGUCAACUCUUGUAUAUACAAAUGCUGAACAAGUUAAGAAGGUAUGUUCAGUGAAGACGAUUCAAAAGUCAUAUCUUUCAAAUUAUAUACUUGACGUCCACAUGAAGAACGUAGAGGAGUAACUUCCUGUACUAAGUGUAAAAUGGUGAUUUAUGUUGUAAUUACAAUUCCGAGAUCCACAAUUUUGUCGAUGUAUUUUCAUACAUAUCACAUCAUACUCUCGUACAUAUGCUUAAUCAAUAACAAUGUACUUCGUCUUCUCUUUC